AGACCCAAACACCUCUCUGGCCCUGUCAAAUAUGUCUUCUGCAUACCUUUUUGAUAUUAAUUUCUGAAAGUUUAUAUCAAUACCGUGUAGUUACAGAUAAGGGAAUUAAGGUUGGAAUUGCCCACAGGAACCUGUAAAAUGACCUGAAAAGUAAUAAUUAACAUUGAGUGUUUACUAUGUGCCAGGUACUCUUCUAAGUAUUCUACAUAUAUUAACUCAUUUAAUUCUCACAACCCAAGAGGUAGGUGUGUUGUUAUUUAUCCCCAUUUUACAAAUGAGGAAACAGGCACAGACAGUUUCCAAGUGCCUGGCCAAAGGUUACACAGCUAGAAGUGGCAAUCCAAGUGGCAAUCUGACUGUGGCAGUAGACUACAGAAUCUAAGUACACACAAACAUAAAUCAUUCUGUUGAGUUGAUUAGAGGGUUUUCUUUUUUGUUCCUACUGUUUCUUUCUCCUGGGGAGAGAAGGAUUAUGCCUUUCCCUACCCCCGUGAAAAGGACGGUUUGUCAAAGCACUUACUAGAUAAUAAAGUUACUGAUCAGUCCACCCGUAAGUGAAAAGGUGGAGACUCCUUCCCCUUAUAUUUAUUUAUAUCCAAGACUCUUCCUCUUGCCUGUCAUUUUUUGCAAGCCCUGGAUCAGGCGUGUACUCUGAAAAUGCUGAGCACACCCGUGUGUGCACUUGUGGCAAUGCCACACACAGGAAUGCGCUGGCCUGAGGCCGCUAUUUCCACACUGAAUUUCUGGUAUAUUCACACCCCUUUUAGGAGGGUAUAUGGUAGAGGACAUGGGUACUGGCGGACACACAAACGUAUGAUGAUUUGCUGGGUGUUGCUGUGUCCAACCCGCGGACUCUGUGGCCGGGCUAAAUAAGCUCAAUAUGUGGCUCCUUUGGGUGUUCCCGAGCGUGACGCAUUAACAAAACAAUGGCGUCAUCAUGAAGUCACUGCAGCACAGGGGGAAGGGAGGGCGGAAGGGCCCUCCUUCUACCGGUGGAGCCCUUUCUGCCCAGCUCUCGGAGCGGCCCCCCACCUGCCCCUCCCGCCGUGUCCCCUUCACCUAAAUUCCUCCAGAGCCGUCUCCCUCGAAUUAGCCCUCUCCUAACUCCGACCACAGAAAGCUCAGCUUUCAACUCAAGCUUUUGGAGUUUAGACUGUUGUCCCUGAGAGAAUCUCUAGAAGCCCUUCCCCUAGUUUUCAGUUUCGCCCAAUGAAAAAACAAGAGGAGGAGGACAGAAGGCGGGUCAGUGACGUAAUGCGGGCUGAUUGGCAUGCAGGCCUUGGACGUCCAGGAUUAGCCACGCAUUUCGCCAAUCCAGAGGCAGGGGAGGGACGGUGCAGGCGCAGAGAAUUGGGUUUGGCUGGCCUCGAUUUAAAGAGACAGAAGCUGUCGGGGUCCUGGAAGACGGUCCCCAAUACCCUCCCCCCAAGUCCUUGGGACCACUUGGGUCCCCAGAGCUGGGGAGAUGGUUUGCGGCGGCUUUGCCUGCUCCAAGAAUGCGCUUUGCGCUCUCAACGUGGUCUACAUGCUGGUGAGCUUGUUGCUCAUUGGAGUGGCUGCUUGGGGCAAGGGCCUGGGUCUGGUGUCCAGCAUCCACAUCAUCGGCGGAGUCAUUGCUGUGGGAGUCUUCCUUCUCCUUAUCGCAGUGGCUGGACUGGUGGGUGCUGUCAACCACCACCAAGUCCUGCUGUUCUUUUACAUGAUCAUCCUUGGUUUGGUCUUCAUCUUCCAAUUUGUAAUCUCUUGCUCAUGUCUGGCUAUUAACCGAAGCAAACAGACAGAUGUCAUCAAUGCUUCUUGGUGGGUCAUGAGCAACAAGACUCGGGAUGAACUGGAAAGAAGUUUUGAUUGUUGUGGCUUAUUCAACCUCACAACCCUGUAUCAACAAGAUUAUGAUUUCUGCACUGCAAUCUGCAAGAGCCAGAGCCCCACAUGCCAGAUGUGUGGAGAAAAGUUUCUUAAGCAUUCAGAUGAAGCCCUGAAAAUCCUAGGGGGUGUUGGACUCUUCUUUAGCUUUACAGAGAUCCUUGGUGUUUGGCUAGCAAUGAGAUUUCGGAAUCAGAAGGAUCCUAGAGCCAACCCCAGUGCCUUUCUAUGAGACUUUGGAUCCUUCUGACUUCUCUUCUGCUCUAAGCUUUCUCUUCCUCCCUUAGGGAAUAUCUAGGGUCUGUAACCAUUUUGGUUUGAGAAAAAGGAAAGGCCCCUUGUCAAAUCCUCUAAAAUUGAUGGAAUAGCAAGACUUUAUGCCUUGACAUAUUUUAGUGGGAGCCAGACUAUAAGGAAUAAAAGGAAAAACUUUCUCCCUCUCUCUCCAAGAGGAUAUGGGAAGCUUCUGAGGGUACAUAGGAUGGGCUGGAGUCAUUCUUAGCUGUUUCCCCUCCUCCGUCCAUAUGCUGGAUCACCUCAACAUACCCUGGGGUGUGGCUCUAAGGGUAAAUCAGGGACAGAGCCAAGGAGAAAACCACCAAGAGCUCUUUCCUGUAAUAAGCAGGACCCAGUUUGAGAAAGUUCAGUGAAUAUAAAAAAGCCAUUUAAAAAUCUAUAUAUAUAUAUGUAUUUUUUGACACUGAGUCUUGCUCUGUUGCCCAGGCUGGAGUGCAAUGGCAUGAUUUCAGCUCACUGCAACCUCUGCCUCCCGGGUUCAAGCGAUUCUCCUGCCUCAAUCUCCCAAGUAGCUGGGAUUACAGGUGUGCGCCACCACGCCCGGCUAAUUUUGUAUUUUUAGUAGAGACAGGGUUUCACCAUGUUAGUCAGGCUGGUCUCGAACUCCUGACCUCAGGUGAUCCACCCGCAUUGGCCUCCCAAAGUGCUGAGAUUAUAGGUGUGAGCCACCGUGCCCCGCCCUAAAAUCCAUAUUCAAAGAAGCAAUUUCUGUUCCUUUCUAAGCUUUGUCAGUCAAGGGGCUCCACUGACUUGCUAGGCCCUGUAACUUAACCAGUCUUUAAGGUUUUGCAGGAAAGUCCCUUCUUCCAAGUGGUUAUUCCAAAUCGCACAAUGGCAAAGCCAAACAGAGGAAGAAACAUUAAAAAAAAAAAAAAAAAAAA